AUGGAAGAGAAUGGUAAGAAGAAGGAGGAAUAUUAGAUUAAUUUGGCAUUGCAGAGGAACUUGACUAUGAGACGCUGGAGAACACCAUCGAUUUGGGCGAGAUAGACGAGACCGAGGAGGCAGAGGUGAGUUGCUGUGGUAGUCGUAUUCUCCUUUUUCCGACCCAAUUUUUUUGCUCAAAAAGUCGGGCACGACUGACUUUCCCUAAGGCACUUGGCCAUGCAAUCCCUCCCUUUUUUGCUUUGGUUUAUCUGUGAAUGGAAAAGCGUUUUUAGGGCCGUAAAAUGGGGGGGGGGGGGCUUUUAAAGAGAGAAGAAUUUUGCUGGAAGGUGCGGACGCCCGGAGGCGAGAUGUGUUUCAAAUAUUCAAAUGAAAGAUAUUGUCUUUCUACGGAAUCCUGAGAGCGAAUGGGAGAUGCGUGCCGUUGUCGGCGGGGACGGUUCCCCUUGAUUAGAUGGUCUAAAAUGCAUCGCGGGCAGUUGCUAUGCACUUUUGAAACGGCCGAUUCCCCAAUUGAACGAUGUCGGAGUUUCGAAAUUCCCUGUCAACCUCGGGCAGUUUUAAAAAAUCUUUCGGUUAUGUCUGUUCUAUGAAUCAGCUACUUGCGAAUGGCGAUAAAAUUGCUAACUUGAGUGUAAAUUAUAUCAUAGCCUGGCAGGCCUCUUAAUCUUUGAAAGUAUUUAAAAACAGUUUGGUCUCAAGCUGUGUGGAAUUCCCCCGUUUUGUUGAAGAUACCGUAAUUUUGAGCUAAUAGGCGAACAAAAAGUCGUGCCUAUUCCGGCUGAGUACUCUUUUUCAUUAUUUCUAAAUGAGGUUUUUACGUACGUGAUCGUAUUGCAGCCGGAAGAUGCCUAAAAUUGGGUAUUUUAAGAUUAAGACGGCCUGACCGAGGCUAAGUUUUGGGGGUAACAUCUGGAAUGAGGGAAAUUUUGAAGAUCAAAAAUCGGUAGUUGGCCUGAGGGCUGGUACUUGAAGUAUGGGACCCGUACUCAUCUUCGGUUUGGGAUCUUGGCGCUAUUAAAAGGAGGGCUGGAAAUAAAAAUGUUUGCUCACCCCAGCUCUGGUUGCAUCGCACACUCUCUUUCAAGAUUUCCGAUUUGGUUUUUGCAUGGUUCGGUUGUGGUUGAAGACCGGGCGCAUAAAGGAGUACUGGAGAAGAAGGAGGAGGGAGAAUGAAUGAAGAAGGAGUGUUGUUUUCCGUCCUGCUCCGAGUUAACUACGCACACUCCGUCAUCUUCCGCCUUCUUUUCCGUCGUCCCGAAAAGGCGUUAUGAACCGAAAUUUCGCUCGUUUUUUGCGGGUCUCAUAAAUCCCGCGAAGAAAGGCGCGCCGGCGGUGGUGGUGGUCGCCUUAUUCGUCCUCUACUCCUCGACGGUCGGGAUAAUUAGGCGGUUGUUGGUCUACUUUUCAUUCGCCCUCUUUUAAAUGCUCCUCUUGUCGUCCGCAUCCUCAACGUCUCCUUCGUCUUUUAAUGGCCACGUUAGACGGACAGUUUAGCCAGUUUACAGCCCAUUCUCAAGGUCAUUGGUGUAAAAGUUGCGACUGCCGAUCCGAGGGCAGGGCAGAUCCCAUUUCGCGGUAUGUCUGGGAGUCAUUCGCGAUGAAAGCCAGGGCCCCCGCUCGUUGCGUAAUCCACCCCGAAGGAUCUUACGCUAAUUAGCGAGUCGCCUUCGUCCGCCCAAUGAACGCUUCUCACGCGAGUUCCCGAUUACGGAAUCGAUGUCCUUUUGACUCUUUGCUCUCCUUCCCCCCGUCCAGCUCUGAUCGAAUAAAUGAUCCAGAUGGUCGAGAGUGCUGAAUAGGAGUAUUGGAUUGGGCCUUUUGAUCGCGCAUCUUCUAGUCUUUCGGGUUUUGCUUGCCUCGGGGACUCUACUGCCCCCCCCUUUCUCGCCGCUCUUAUUCUUUCCUUUUAAUCCAUUUAAUUGAAACAUGUGCGUUUCGCGGGUCCUGGAUUUACACAGAUCGUUCCGGCGGCACGUUGCCCUCCGGGCAAGGCGGCCUCUUCUCCCUUUUUUGUGCUGUUUUCAGGGCAUCAAACGACAUCUCUUUGCCAGCCAGCCCGGGGUCAAGCUUUUCCGGCCGGUCAUUCAUGGGCCGUGAGGGUGCGAAGCAAGACAAAAAUGCAUGGAGGCUUUUAAAAUGAGAUGUGGCGCUCUUUUGGGCUCGAAAAUUGCUUUUCUGGCGGUGUUUGGCGGAAAUGGAGAUAAUGUGCGGGUUGAAGUUAGAGUCAGUAAUGCGAGGGCUGGGUUCUGCCAGGAUUCGGUUUUCUAGUUUCAUCGUUUUCAGUCCGAUAAAUUUUAAGAAGCAUUGGGAGAACAGUUUAGAAUGGUUCUUUGUGUUUCUAUGGCGUAAAUCUUCUUAGACUUUAUAUUGUCUUCAAAUAUUAAAAGGGAAGGGAUUCUCGGGCUUCUUUUUCGUGUGUGGAUUUAUAAUUUGUCGACCGCCGGAUCCCGGGCCCGUGUUAUCCCCGCAAGCAGACUCCUAUGAAUAGAUUGGCGGCAGGUUAAAGAGCCCGAGGUCAACUUCCGUAAGUGGAUCGGAGCACAUUUCCGGAAACACAGACGACGUGCAAACGGCCUCGCUUCCCCACACUUUCUUCAUUUGCUCUCUACGCACCUCAAAUUUGUGUACUGGCAUCGCUGACCGCACUCUUUUUUUCAUUCUUUCCGACUGCCUGAAGAACUGCGCCGCUUUCUAAUUCGGUGCGCGAAGCUCGGGGGGAGAACGAAAAGCGAGCGGACUGGAGGCGGGGGACGGCCUCUGAUGUUGCGUCCCCCCUUUUCAGCCUUUCGCCGCAUCAAUAUGGUCCCGCCCACUGGUUCUGCACUCGGACCGCACUCCUCGCACAGUCCGCGUGUAGCCGUCCAACAGACGGACCGGCUUCCGAAAAAAAGAAGCCCUCCGGCUAAGGUGGUCGAGGCCCCAAGGUUAGACCAGUAAGAUGGACUAGCCUUUGUGCUUUCUCCAAUGGGGUUCUCUCCUUCCUUCCGAUUGGAUACCGUAAAAUGAUAAGCGGAAUCUUUUCUCUCUCUGCUAUAACUCGAUUAUCGUCGCUUUAUUUGGCUGUUACUUAGUCUAGAUUAUGAGACGAUGCACUCGCCGCCUGGGACUUGGUCUCAACCUGGGACUCUGAAUGGCAUAGGUGAGCAAAGUUUCAGGUGUGCGAGAGUCAUCAUCUCGGGGUUGUAUGAGUCAAGUGCAUGGUGUCGUCUAUAAGAAGUUGGUAACUUAUUAUUUCAAGCGGAAAACGGAGAUUAGUCCAGAGAAUGGGCCUCUGAGACAAUUUGUGUUUAGAUUGACCGAAGAGAAAAGGAUUUGGCCAAAAAAAGAGAGGAAGAAAACGAGUACCCUCUGGAAGGGAAUAAGGUCGAUCCUUCCAAAUUUGACCUCAAAGAAGAUCGUGAUGAACGGGAAGAGGUGAGUGUUUUAAUCUGAGGUAUUCUUUUUGCCUUUUAAAUUACGGAAUUCGAACAACCCCGGCCUGUAAAUUGAUAUCCGGGGGAGGCUGCCAUUUUUGAUGAAUUAUUCAAAUUGUUCUUGUUUGGUGCCGGAUUUGCCGAGUUUGUGAAUAUUUUUGAUUAGUCCCCAAAGACCAUACGUCUCUGUUUAUCGGCGCCAGGUCACUGAUCUCUCCGCUCUUUCCAGAUAGACAAACUUCGCGCACUAAUGCGCACCCCCGACCAAUCAAAUGAGAGAUUUGCUACUGUAUCUCUUCUCUUUUUUGACAAAUCGAUCCCUCGUUUCAGGUAACCGAAGCGGAUAUCCAAGAUCUCUAUGACUCUCUGGAGGUCGACUUGUUGGACGAAAAUGUUCGAGCGACAGCCCUUUUUGUACGUUCCCUCACGCCUUUUUCAGUCUACGAAUUGGAGAGGUAAGACCAUUUUAAAUCAACUCAAAUUUUGUAAAAUUUAUCGCAAAAGUAUGCAACAAGGGGUAGCGAGUAAUAUGGAGUUGUGACAUCUACAGUUAAUUGAGGCACAACAUGAAAUAUUGAUUGGAAUCUUCCAGUGCAAUUAAGUCAGUUUUUCGUAUUGAACGGAUGCCAGUCCCCCCGCGAAGACAUUCCUUUUGUGUUGGUAUCUUUUUUCAUGGCCCAAUGUUCGGCCAUGGUCAUCCAUCUUUCGGCCCUCAAGUUGGGAGUGUGCGACUUAGUGUUUUAUACUCGGAUGAGUUUGUGCACAGCUAAUUAGGAGAAUAAUGAAGGCUUUGUUGUCCCCAUGGCGGCCGUCUUGGCCCUCCUGAAAAUGAAUGACCGGCUCCGGAUCCAGGCCGCUUAGAAUCGUAGGCCGUGUUUUCUGUUCCUGGUGCCCCUUUUAAUCAGACACUGCCCUUCCGCGCGAGGCCAACUCUUUUCGUCAGUCGUGCCUCGGGCUGAUUAGGUAUUGGCCUCUCCUCCUACUCUGAAAGCCCGACGGAAAUGCCGGCUGACUGGCUGGCUGUUCCCCUUUUGGCUUCCGAGGACCUACUGAUUCCAGGAUAAGGUCUUAUCUCAUGCUCGCUCCACUGGCCGCGGACCCAUCAACAGCCCCAAAUUUGAUGUCCGACAGGCCGCGAAAUUGAGAUGAAUUCAAAUACUUUCUUUCAGGAUUUUCGUCGAAUACGACCCUAUCAGAUGUGCUCUUCUUGAUGCCAACAGUGGGGUCGUCAGAUUCAAAUCAGCAUUCCAAGCAGCCGAAGCGUUGAUUCGCGCCACAAAACAAUUACUCCGGGUCCGACAAGUUGAUCAGCAGGAAGAUGGAGAGGUAGACGACGAAGAAGAUGAGGAUGAAGAAGGAAAUGUGGUCCGGAAAGAGAAUGGGGAAACUGUUUUGGUGAUUAAAAGUAAGUUUAGAAGUGCAAGAAAUUUCUUUUUCAAAAGUUUUACACUCUUUGUCUAACAUCUUGACUGUCGCCGAAUCCUCCCUCUCUCUCCUUGGCUCGCUCAAUAUUUUCUCAUCAAAUCCAAUUUGUUGCGUUUGCCAAACGCAUAAGUGCGGAGAUUUUCACGCAAAUCCAACGCAAAUAUUUGGGUUGGUAGUCUUCGGCAGAUCGUGAUUAGAGGGAGAGAAACGACCAGUGGACGGACCAGCGAGAGACAGCGAGUCUUUUUCAUCUUCCUCAAGUACCCGGCACCGUUUUCAAGAGUGCUGAUUGUCGAGUGGGACAGGUAAAGUAGGGCUCGGAGAGGCAACAGCAUCUCUCCGACAUACCUCAAUUAGAGACCUGCAUGGAUCGCCUGGCUUUGUUACCUCUCCCGUUUGUUAAUUGGUGGUGCGGAUCCUGAUUGGGGGCGCGGGAUGCGCCUCUCCCCCUCCCUUCCACCUCUCCUCGCGCCUCUUUGUUAUUGUUGGUCAUCAACCUUGGGCAGGGCGACGAUCGGCUCGAAUAACAAUCACCUAUACAAACACCAUCACCCCUCUUCCCUCUCCCCACUAAUAGCCGCCUCUCGUCGAAAAAGUUAGGGUUCAUAAAAACAGAAAUAUCAAGGAAAGGGGAGAGCGCCGCGGCUACUGUAAAGAUUUACGAGCGCCAAGUCAGGAGAAAGUAACAUCGAUGAGAUCAGCGUAGAUUUCCCGUUAUGGUAGCUUAUGUGCCCUUUUUAUAGGGUCGCACUUUGGAUGGUCGUAUCUUUCCCCGGGGUUUAUGAAGAAGGAGAAAGGAAAAGUCAUUCCCGCUCAUUAGUUCGCCGAUUUUCUUUGAAUGGACCUCAAAUAUAAUAUAAUGGAUAUCCGCUUUUAUAGUCUCAAAAACGCGACAUUUCAACUUCCCGAACGAGAAUGAGGUCAUUUAGGAGAGAAGGGGAGACAAGCCCGCAGUUUACGACCUUCUCCAUGCCACUCCCGAGGUCCUUUUUUGAGCAGUUGUCAAGCUGUCAACUAAAGGCACGUCGUCAUACCAUUUCCUUUUUAUGAGCGUCCUUUAUUUAGUCUCCGGAGGGCUUUUAAAUCCAUCUUUGUCCAGAACGAAGAUGUUUGCAAAAUUGGUCAUCUUCCAGCUUCUUGAUAAGGCCAAACAUACCCAUUUUAGCACAAGUCACGGUUCUUUUACAUGAAACAUCUCAAUAUUUUAGACAGUGAUCAUCAAACCCCCUCGAAUCUCAUUGAAUUGGAUGUUACAAAGGUCCAAAUUCCCCCAGGCAAUUGGCGAUUUGUGAUCGAACAUGUACCCAAAAAUCGUUUUGUAUUCGCCCGUUUAGCGACUGGAUUUGAACUGAGAACGGCGAUGAUCAACCCCUACAAGAAAGAGAUCAGCGACGAUCGAGGCCAAACAUCCAGAGAUGAGGAAUACGAGAGUAAAGAUGAAUACAAAAGGAAGAGAGUAAGACCCGGAUUGAAUGUAUUCGAUGAAAAAGGAAGAGAAUUGGAUUGGGACUACGAACAUGACACCCGAUUCUAUGAUGAUGAUAAUAAACAAGAACCAAGUCCCAAAAAGGCGAAAGGACCGGAAGAGAUUGAGAUCAAGGGAGAGAAGGUUCGAAGUCGGGGAAGGGGCACCAAGAAGUUUGUGGCCGCUCUGUUGGAGGAUUCAGACUAA